UUAGCCACAGAGCUAGCAGCGGGGGUUACGCUCCCAUUGCCACAAAACUUGUUUUUCCCUCACGAAAAGGCGCCUUUGGAUAUCUCCCCCGAGCUCGCAGUGAACCACAAAGACCCACCGAUGGAUUUGGGAUGUUCCCGGUGGUGUAAUUGGCGCGGACGGGAGGUUUAGACGCGUUUGUAAGAAGUUGUGAUUGUUUUUUUGGCGCUCCAGAAGCGCGGAGGAAAGAUGGAGGAUCUGCUGCUGUAGCCGCAGCUAAACGCUAGCUGUCGUUUACGGACCAAUCCGAGCUAUUUAUCCGCCCUGUGGGAUCCCCAAUGUUUGGAUGUUAGAACUUGUCACACUUACAGAGAUUGAACUGCUGAAGCAUGACAGACGGUCAGGCUGUGAGGAUGGAAGCAGAGCUACUGGAGGCAGGAUCUAGACAUCAGAUGGUGCUCUGAAGAAGCCAUGGGUAGCUGCUUAAGCUGUCCAGAGAAAGAGUCCAUUCCAGAUAAUCAUCAGAGUAAAUUCAAGGUGAUCAAUGUGGAUGACGAUGGGAACGAGUUGGGAUCGGGUGUGAUGGAGCUGACUGAGGCUGAACUUGUCCUCCACACCCAUCGCCGCGAUGACGUCAGGUGGCCUUACCUGUGCCUGCGGCGCUAUGGCUACGACUCCAAUCUCUUCUCCUUCGAGAGCGGCCGCCGCUGCCAGACGGGCCAAGGUAUUUUUGCCUUCAAAUGUUCCCGAGCUGAAGAGAUCUUCAAUAUGCUGCAGGAGGUGAUGCACAGUCACAGCAUCAGUGUUGUGGAGGAGGCAGUAAUUGACCCAAACCAGCAGGCGGCGCUCACUCCUGCAGCUAUAGGUUACUCAGUGCCCACGGUGCCUAACGGGGUGACCAGGAUCCCGUCUGUAGGCGAGGCCCCGUCUCACCCCUCCACCCGCCACCCGUCGGUGGCCAGCACUCGUCUGCCCUCCGUUGGGGAGGAGUCCACCCACCCACUGCUGGUGGCGGAUGAGGCGGUCCACACCUACGUGAACACGACGGGGCUCCUGGAGGACCAGCCCAGCCCGCUGACCCUCACCACCCCUCUGGAGAGCCCCACCUCCCCCCACUCCCAGUGUCCCCCCACUCCCCCACCUCCUCCCAGAGCUCGGGUGGAACCUCUGCCUACGCCAACCCAACCGGAGCCCCAGGUGCUGCUGGAGCCCCAGGGGGUGCGCUUCGUCCUGGGCCCCACUCCCGUUCAGAGGCAGCUGAUGGAGAAGGAGAAAAGACAAAAAGAGCAGAAGGAAGCCGAGGAGGUGCAAGAGACUAACGGCCCCGCCGCGGCCCCGGCCGAGACCGAGCAGGCUACGCCGCACUCCAACGGCUCCUCCUCCUCCAAUCCAUCCACCGCCCCCCGCCGCCACUGCCCGACCCCUCUCACCCCCGACCUGCAGAACGCCAACAACUCGGCCCAACGGCGCACCGCCCUGCUGGACUACGAGAACCUGCCGGCGCUGCCGCCGGUGUGGGAAGCCAGGAAGCCGAGCACGGAGGAAGAGGAGGAGAACGGCGGUGGUCUGAAGACUCCGUCGCUCAACGGCUACAACCACCACCCCUCCCACAGCCUGCUGCACCACUCGUACUCCCACCCUCUUUCCGCCGCCCUCGAGGCCUCACAUAACUAUGUCAACACGGAGAACGUGACGGCGCCGCUCAGCGCACACCGCCCCGACACAGCCCGCCGCCGCACAGACGCACCCACUAUCUUCAACUUCGACUUCCGCCGGCCACCCUUACCCGGCCACGCGGAGCUGCCCAAAACCCUCAACUACAUCGAGGUGGAGAUGGACAGCGGCGCCACAAACAAAGGUGCGUCGGACGGCAGUAACCCCCACACCCCCCGUACCCCCAGCUCCCCCCUGCCUCCCACCACGCCCACGCGUCGCCCGCACGAGCUCUACGCUCUCAUUGACAUUGAGCGCACGGCCGCCAUGUCCAGCCUGCAGAGGGCGCGGCCACGGGACGACGGCACGUCGCGCAAGACGAGACACAACAGCACGGAGCUACCUACUAAAAGCACAGCGUGACUUUUCUUCCAUGUGCAAUGUGCUCAGAGCUGUGCAAGGACUCCAGUCAAUGUGUCCGAUUGGACAGGAGAUAAAGACUUUACUGUGCGCUUUGCCUGCACAGGUGAUGAACUGGUACUAUAGCAUCAUGUAAUACCUCUGACAAUGAUGAUGUAAUAGACUGCAUUCCUUAUAUGGUACAAAUCAGUAUUACUGAACAAAGCAUUCCAUUUAGCCUUUUGUACGAGUCACUCUGCUGCUGUAAGAAGACACUUUGUGUUCCAACAUGUUCAGUAGAUCUGACACAAUAAAAGUCUGGUUUUUAUUUGUAA